AUUCACAGAUCAUAUUCAUAUGGCAUCAUACAUUUUCUGAUUUGCCCGCCAAAGGAAGACUCCUAUAUCCCAUCACGCGAAUCGAAAUAUUCUUGAUCUUGAUUCUUGGAGGAAGAGAGAAAAAGGAAAAAGGGAAAAUCGAAAUACUAACUAAAACCGGAAAAAAAAAAAAGAAAAAAGCAAGGCGGAAAUGGUGGUUCCGGGGAACGACGUCCUGUAUGGGGACUGGAGCGAGAGGAGGACGUGCUUCGUGCUUGGCGGACGAGGUUUCUUGGGGAGAUCGCUCGUCAACAGGCUGCUACGCCUCGGCGAGUGGAUCGUCAGAGUCGCCGAUUCCCAGUCAUUGCAGCUCGAUCCUUCUUCCGACUCCGAUUCCCUCCUCUCUUCCGCUCUGUCCUCCGGUCAAGCCUCCUUUUGCCAAGUCGACGUCCGCGAUGUAUCUCAAAUAUGCAAAGCUAUUAAAGGUGCAUUUGUCGUAUUCUAUAUGGAUCCCUCUGAUUUAGACACCAAUGAUUUCUGUAACUGCUACAUGAUCAUAGUUCAAGGUGCAAAAAAUGUCAUCAAUGCUUGCCGAGAAUGUAAAGUUAGACGACUUGUAUAUAACAGUUCUGCAGAUGUUGUCUUUGAUGGUUCACAGGAUAUACAUAAUGGUGAUGAAUCUUUAACAUGCCCUUGGAAAUUUCAGGAUAAGAUGAUUGACCUUAAAGCUCAAGCAGAAGCACUGAUUGUGUUUGCCAACAACAUUGAUGGUCUUUUAACAUGUGCACUUCGUCCUAGUAAUGUCUUUGGUCCUGGCGAUGCACAGCUUGUACCUCUGUUGGUAAAUUUUGCAAAAUGUGGUUUGGCAAAGUUCAUUAUAGGAAGUGGUGAAAAUAUGUCUGACUUCACCUUUUCUGAGAAUGUUGCCCAUGCUCAUAUCUGUGCAGCAGAAGCUCUAGAUUCCCGGGUAGUCUCUGUGGCUGGAAAGGUCUUUUUCAUCACAAAUCUUGAACCUAUGCUGUUCUGGGAAUUUGUGUCUCUCAUACUUGAAGGCUUGGGAUUUCAAAGACCAUUCAUAAAAGUUCCUACCAGGAUAUUUUGGUACAUUCUUUUGGUUGUAAAAUGGAUGAAGGAAAAGUUGCACUUAAAAAACCAUGGUGAUUCUACAUCAGCUCAUUACUUAGUUCAACUAGCCUCUCGCACCAGAACUUUUGACUGUACUGCAGCUAAAAGGCAUAUUGGAUACUCACAAGUUGUUUCCUUAGAAGAAGGUAUUACAUCAACAGUAGAAUCAUUCACACAUUUAGCCAAAGAUUUUGAGAGAUACAGCUACUAUGAAGGACAAUCAAAAGCAGAGAAGCUGCUUGGAGAAGGGAAAGUUUCUGACAUUUUGCUCUGGAGAGAUGAAAGGAAAACGUUUACAUGCUUUCUUGCUCUGGCUCUGGUGUUUUACUGGUUCUUUCUCUGUGGAAGAACUUUUAUCUCAUCCAUGGCCAGUCUUCUGCUAUGGGUUGCAAUAGUGCUUUGUGGAUAUGGCAUUAUACCGUUGGAGAUAUUGGAUUUAAUCUGGAGGAUACGUUUACCUAGUGUUGAAAUCUCAGAAACAGUCAUGAGAGAUUCAAUUAGAUCCAUAGCUUAUGAAUGGAAUAGAGGGGCUCGUACUAUAAGGUCAUUGGCCAAGGGAGAGAACUGGAAUACUGUUUUCAAGUUCUGGUGUUUGCUUUCACUGCAUUCUUCAUUUAUGAGCAAUAUGAAUUCGAAAUCGAUGGACUGGCAAAAUUUCUCUUCAACAGUAUUAUGGAAUCAAAAGCAUUGUUGGCAAGGAAUCUACCAGCUUCCGUGGCUUCAUAUCUUCAUAACUUCGCAACUCCGCACCAGCCAAAGACUCUCACCGUGCCCAUGGUAAAGACUCAGAAAGAGAAGUGAUAAGCGCAUUUUUCUCUCUUCAUGUCCGAUUGAGUGGCUUGCUUAGGCUUUUUGUAUCAAACCAUAGACGUUUUUUCCCCAGCUGAACAAAGAGAUGGGGUACAGUUAAUAGAAAUAGUCCAGCAGAACAGGUUUAGUCCUGCACAAAGGUAUGAUGCUGCAACAGGAAAACCAUUCCCUCGAUGUGAUUAAUGGUUUCG